GAUCCGUGCUUGAGGCACAGGCAGCAGCUGCAGGCACAUCGACGAUUCUCUAUCUGGAGCCUGAGGCCCAUUUAAAUAAGGCCCGCCAAGCAAAGCAUUCCUUCCAUGAUCUCGCGACUUCAUCAAUGGAGGAGUAUUAAUAGAAUGUCCCGGUUGGGGAUGUUUUGCGACUGGGCGCUCGUCAUCAUUGCCUGGCUUGCCUGAUUGGGAAGCGAGCGCUGGCCAAUGCGCACCUGCUAGAACGAGAAUUCCCUGCGCUGGUCUGGACCAACGGAUCGGCGAUGCAGCAGGACUUUCCGGUCAACCUCCUCCAGGGGGCAGGGGGUCAGAGCUGGUUCCUUCCUGUCCCGCUGAUUGACUGACGGCCUGCCAAGGGGGCUCGGAGCUUGGCCCCCUUGACGAGACCUUUAAUGUCCGGGCUUAUUAUGCACCGAACUUGUCGAGCCAAAAGGUGCGCACCCUGAGCGUACAGGCGCUGCGCCUCCGUGAGGCGCAGCACGACGUCGAGUCUGCCGUUCGCCCUGCGCUCGGCCAUUGGCCGACGCAAACGUGGGCCGCUCAACGGCGCCCUCGAUGCCAAUUACAUCGAUGACCUCCGCUUUGAAUUUACGCCCCAUGUGACAAACAUACGCUUCCAGAUAGAUGGUUGAACUCUUUGACAAUUUUAGCAAAUCUGAUGCAGACAAGCCCACUCCACGACCUAUCUCGUCGCCCCGGUUUUAUAGUGCGAUGGUCAAGUUGGAGCAGGCUGCGUUUGCAGCACGCGCCAUGGCUUCCCUUCCAGUGCAUUAUCUGGGCCCGAUCGAUCGAUCGAACGACGCUCUUCAUGACUGCUCCCGAAAGAUCGCAGCAUUCAAAUUCGCUUCCCCAGCUCGAGAGCUGCUUCCAACACCUGUUCUCUCUUCUGGUCAACUCCUUCAUUCCCCGUGCUCGCCCAUGUUAUCACGUCCACUUGUGUCGCUAGUGGUGCAUGGUCAAACUCCUUGCAUUGGUCGACCCACUUACUCUCGCCUAAUCCAGAGGUGAAACCAAUUUCAGCGAUUCAGAUGUCAGCAUGAUGCCAGCAGGUCUGCCCGUGGCGUGUUUUCUAGUGG